AUGCGUAGUACGAAUGCAAUAUCUACCAUUCAAGUCUUUAGAAGUAUUUUUGCACGGUUCGGUUUGCCAGCACAGCUCGUGACUGAUAAUGGACCACCUUUCUCGUCUCAAGAAUUUAAACAAUAUUGUGAAAAUAAUUGUAUUAAACACACAACUUCGGCUCCGUAUAGACCCCAGGGAAACGGCGCGGCCGAAAACGCGGUUAAAACUGUAAAAAAAGCUAUAAAACGAGCACUUUAUGAAAACGAAGACGUCAACGCCGCGCUGUCAAAAUUUCUUUUCCAAUAUAGGAAUUGCGAGCACGCCACAACGGGAGUGUCUCCGGCAGUGGCAUUACAAGGCCGGAGGCUGCGUAGUCGGCUGGACGUACUACGACCGGAUGUCGCGGCCGUGGUGCGGGCCAAGCAGGAACGGCAGGUGGCACGUAAUGCCGGUACUGACAGACAUUUUAACGUAGGCGAUGCAGUGCUAGCUCGCAAUUAUUCAGCAAGGGGGGAAAAGUGGACGGAAGCAACGGUAGUAAAAAAGACGGGUCCAGUAUCAUAUACAGUAGAUAUUGGUAAGGGUUUAGAAUGGCGUCGUCACGCCGACCAGAUAAUUCCUAAAAAUAGAUACUCAUUAUCGCGAAUGAGUGUAUCGGGCGUAGAACAGGAACCGCAUCCCCAGAAAGUAGUAGAGAUGGGAGCCGAAGGUGAUGUGUUUGAAGAUGCAUCCAGCGGUGACGGGGAAGCGGGGGAGGCACCGGUUGUAACGGGGCAGGAACCCACCCCGCAGACGCAGUCACCGCCCGGGGCCGCGCCGGUGUCGCCCGAGCCUAACUUAGCGCCAUCGCCGGCACCGCCUGGUGCGUCUGCUCGAGCAGUGCGAGCGUACCACAGAGGCAAACGAAGUGGCCGGUCAUUGUUAAAUUAA